GACAGUAGACCUCGUUUCCGAGCAUUUGUGCAAAGUCAAUUUCGACAACAUGCUAUGUCAUUCCGUGAUCAUAAUGCAAUAGAGUACUUUCUACGACGAGGUAGAACGCAGUUAGAAGCAUAUCAAAAUGGCAGCAUUCAAGACGUCAGCAAUACUGAUGGUAGUAGAAAAGAGGGAAGAAAGUGA